CACUUCCCAGACCCGCGGUGUGAAUUUACGAGGCGAACUGAACGCAGCAGCAGCCAGUUUGCAGUAAAGCAACGAUCAAAAGAAGCGGCGGCGCGGUACGGCAGCGGAGGACUGCCUAAGAUGUUCCAGUGAGAGUGAGGGAUGCCAGGUAUGAGUCAGAAUAACCCCUGUUUGUGGAAACAGCUCCCCCUGAGAAGCAGCCUGUCCCCGUGCGACCGCUACAAGCAUGCCUGCUGCAGCUACAAUGCAAACGUCUAUGUCCUGGGAGGCAGAGAGAACAGCUGCCUGAGGGACUUCUGGAAAUACAAUGUCGUCUCUGAUGAAUGGACUGAGUUGACAUGCAGUGGUGAAGCGGCACCAGAGGAGCUAGAGGGACAUUCUAUGGUAGCUCACAAGGGUUUCCUGUACGUGUUUGGAGGCCUGUUGGACUCUGCAUACACCACAUGCAGAUGUGCUCUCUGGGUGUUCGACAUUGCAAAGCAGAAGUGGGUGCAGUGGCAGGGAAAGAGGAGCUUGCUUCAGACCCAAAUGCCGACCAACAGGAAGGGCCACAGUGCCGUGGUGCUCGGCUCUGCCAUGCUCAUGUACGGAGGAUUCAUUGACAUGAAAGGCACCUCGCAGGAUUUCUGGAGUUUGGACUUUAAUACCAUGUCUUGGUCCCUGCUGAGUGGCUCUCAGCAGGACUCAUUAGGCCCAGGCCCCAGACACAGUCACUCAGCUGUAGCCUAUCAGGGCUGCGUGUACCUGUUCGGAGGCUUAAAAGGUUUACGGGAGCAGAGAGACUUCUGGAAGUGGAAUUCCAGCAACCAGUCGUGGAGUUCACUCAAGUACGGCCCUCCUAAACUCAUGGGACACUCAGCUGUCACCUAUAAAGAUUCAAUGCUCCUUUUCGGUGGAGGCGAGACCCAGGACUCUCCAAAGAACUGCCUGUGGAGAUACAGCUUCAUCACUCAGACCUGGGUGCAGCUCGCCACACUCCCAGGCUCCAACCCCCCAGACAAGAUCCACCACUGCUGCACUGGUCUGGGUCCCAGCUACAAAACCAGUAGCACCAGCAAGAGCUUCUGCUCGGACUCAGGACUCGAGCCCAGGUUACUGGGAGGGAAAUUCAAGCCGUUUAAGAACAAAUGCUUCCCAGUACCACUCACCUACCCGGAGUCAGAUAUAGAGCUGGAGACUUUCACUCCAGACAGAGAAGCCAACAGAAGUUCUUCAGAACUGGAGACCAGCAGAGAGGCCUUAAUAGAGAUAGAUGGUCAGCGUAUUGGAAGCUGCCUGACAUUUGAGAACAAAGCGUUCAUGAAACAAUGGAGCUGCUCAGAGGAGGAGGUGCUGGAGGGCAAGGAUGGAGACAUCACUCAGCAUCUGCCCGACCUGCUGCUGGUGCUCGGCGGAAAACCUUGUACCAGGACCAGCCCCAUCUCCAUGUGGCAGGUGACGCUGAUUGACUGAAUAAACGAUUCUGUUCUCUGCGUGAGAAGCAUGUUUUAAUAGGUGGUACUAGCUUUCUGUGAAAAAGAAAAUAACUUGAAAUAUUUUUAUACUUUUGUACAGUUUCAGUGUUUUGAAUUUAACAUUUUUUGCAACAUUCAAGUAAAUUGUGGGAAAAUGGCAUUACAGAAAGCUGUGGUGUUCUGUUUACAGUGAAUGUGAAAAAACACAGUAUCUGUUCUGUGUAUCUGUUCAUAGUGUCUGUAAGAACAGGGAAGGUAUUGGAAUCAGAUCUUUAGUGAGCAUCAGCCCAGAAUUUCACAGUCGGUGCCUCCAUAUGUGUAUGUCUGUGUUCAUGUACACAAAGGAACAAAAUCUGAGAAAAACAGCGAUUCAGCGAUCUGAUAUUUGACUCAGAAAGCUGAAUCGGGCUGAGCUCUGUGUUCUGUGUUUUAUAAACUAGGCGUCAGCAGUGUGGAGAGGUUAGAUGCUGCUUCACUGACAGGUUUUCUUUGAUGUUUGCAAACGUUUUUUACUCCCCAGCAACUGAGCCAGCUCCACUAAAAGGCUUGGUUUAACACUUUUUUUACACUUGGUUUUACACUUGCAGUAACAUGCUGUAGAGCACAUCAUUAAUAUGAUUUGCCUUCUCCGGUGUCUGUCUGCUCCACCCUGUGUUUGAGGAGGUGCAUCACAGAGACUGAGAAAGGAGAAACUAACGUGACUGUAAAUAACUGGAGGAAAGACUCCCACACUGAGCUGUGAGGAGGACAAACAAAGCAGGUCAUCAUUUUAUUUAUUUUGGUCCUGUAGUUGUUUAUUCCUGUAUUAAUAAAGACAGAUUCAGUGCA